GCGGUGUGGGAUCCCGGGUCAAAACUGUUUAAACUGUCUCUCACGGUCCGCCUCGUCAGUGUCUGCGGGAGCUUUCCUUGGAAGAAGAUCGUUUACUGCAGACUGGAGGGCAACAUGAAGCGAAACCACAACUACAGCUCCUCUGAAAGCGACCUGGACGACAACAUUGAAGUGGAAAAGGACAGUGGCGAUGAAAAUUGUCAACUGGACUCCCACGGAUCAAUGUCACCCUCCACAACCACACAAGUUCAGGCCAGAAAGAGGCGCAGAGGGAUAAUUGAGAAAAGGAGACGUGACCGGAUUAAUAACAGUCUGUCUGAACUGAGAAGACUGGUCCCAAGUGCUUUUGAAAAACAGGGGUCAGCUAAGUUGGAAAAAGCAGAAAUUUUGCAAAUGACGGUGGACCACCUGAAGAUGCUUCAUGCUGCAAGCGGAAAAGGUUACUUUGAGGCUCACGCGCUUGCUAAGGAUUACCGCAGCCUGGGCUUCAGGGAGUGUCUGGCGGAGACGGCCCGCUACCUGAGUGUGGUGGAGGGUCGAGACGCCACAGAUUCCCUCCGAGUGCGAUUGGUGUCCCAUCUCAGCAACUGCGCCUCUCAGAGGGAAGUGCACUCUGGACUGGAACAUUUAGCCUGGGGCUCUGCAUACGGCACCGCCCCCGCCCAUCUCCCCCACCACCUCCUUCUGCAGCACCCUCAGGGCAGGACACCUGCACCCAAAAGCAACAGCACCCCACCCUUGUCCUCCUCGUCUUCAUCCUCCCCUUCGUCCAUUGAUGGAUCUGGGCAGUCCAGACUUGGUGUCAUGCCCCCCACGGAAUCCACCAGGGUGCCGCCUAGCGGCUCCUUACCUUUCAGUCUGCCUGUGGCGGCAUCUAAGCUUUCGCCGCCACUCGUGUCGUCCCUGUCCUCGCUGUCCUCUUUCCCACUCGCCUUCGGUGCAUUUCCUCUCAUCUCACCAGGAGUCGCCAGCGCAGUGACUCCCCCCUCCACCACGUCGAAGCCUUACAGACCCUGGGGCAUGGAGAUUGGGGCUUUCUGACACAAAGUCCUGCACUGAAGCUGCUGAGGUGUUCCCCCCACCAGACGGACUUUUUUUUGUUUUUUACAACAAUAAUCUUGGGAUUGAAGCUAAGUGGUUUGGAAUCAUUUCCUCUCAAAAUGCCUUUUUUUUAAAUAAUAGAAUUUAAAGUCAUUUUGUUAUAUUUUUCAGUGAAAUAAAAACGUAUUUAGGUAGUCUGCAUUGCCUCCAGGUUGAGGACUGAAUAUGGAGCAGUAGUACUUUGGAGCACAAAUGGAAAGGUUAAACUUUAUGGAUCAAAAAUGGACGCUCAUAAAUUAAUCAAUGACAACUUUCAGCAUUUAGAAUAGUUGCUUGAUUCAUUCUGCUUGUCUUAUGGUGUCAACUUUUCAAGAAACGAAAUUGGCAGAAAGGUUUAAGAAUUCAAGACUUAUAUUUGUGUAUUUGUUCAUAUUUUUUCCAAUAAAUUGAGUUUAAAUGUUUAAAAUGCA